AAGUCCGAGGCGGGGCGGCGCGCGGCGGAGUGAGCCGGCGGCGUUCUCUGCAGUGGGUGACGUCACCCCCUCUCCCUUGCCCUGCCCGCCCGCCCCGCCUCUGCCCGGAGAAGGGGAGGGCCCGGAUUCGCCGGCUGCAGGCGCCGCCAUGGCUGCCAUAUUGGAAAGGAAGUGAGUGCAGGAGGCGGCGGCAGCGGCGGCGGCGGCCCUGGGCGGAGCAGCCCUUCCCCAUUCUUCUCGGCCGCGGCGGGUCUCCUCACGGCUGCGACCCGAGAGUCUCUCCGCACCACUGCCAGAGGCAGGGGAAGGGUAGGCCGGAGGCGGCGGCGGGCGGCUGGAGACGCGGCCGCUUGAUAAGGCGUUGAACGCCCGAGAGGAGGAGGAGGAGGAGACGGCUUUGGCCUAAGAUGGCGGACCCGGCGGAGUGUAACAUCAAAGUGAUGUGCCGCUUCAGGCCUCUCAACGACUCUGAGGUGACUCGCGGCGACAAAUACAUCGCCAAGUUCCAGGGCGAAGACACCGUCGUCAUCGCGGUGAGUGCGAGGGGGAGGCGAGGGGGAUCGGCGAGGAGGGGCCGGAGCCCCCCGGCCGGGUGGUCGGAACCGGAGGUGGGGGCUCCAUGACCCAGCAAACUCUGGAAAGCGCGGCGGCGGUGUGAAGCACCUCGGGUGGGGGGGGGGUGAGGAAUUGGGUGGGGGGAGGGCGGAGGGAAAGCUGUUGCCGGGGCGCUUGGAGGGGAGAAACAGGCUGGGCUCACCCGGGUUGAGUGAGGGGGCGUGCGAGCCGGUGGUGGAACAGGGGCUGAGGGAGCAGAGGAGGGAAGGGCGUCGAAGUGGGGGCUCAGUGAGGACCGAGGGGCGUUUUGAGGGGUCGGGCGUUGGCUGCAGCAGCGCCCCCUCCUCUUCUGCCUCCCUCCCUGCGCCGCGCCUGUGAAAUCUGUUGGCCGUGGGGUUUUGAAAUGGGGGGAAGCAGUAACCUUCCUAAUGUCAUAAUUCCAGCUGCUGAGUAAGGGAGUUGAGGCGCUCCUAGCGCUCCACACAAAAGCCGCUCCAUUGAUGUUGUUGUUUUGCUUCGUGUUUACCCGGGGUGCCGGCUCCAUUGCAUGCAUAGAAAAACAGAUGCUGUAAAAUGCACAUUGCAAUAGAGAGCGGUGGUGUAGCGGUUUCUCAGCCCCCGCCCUCCAUCUCAGGGGGUUUGACACCAGCCGCAUAGGAAGAUGUUUUUAUACCAAGUCAGGCCAUUGGUCCGUUUAGCUUAGUACUGCCUCAGCUGACUGGCAACGGCCCUCUGGGGCUUCAGGCAGGAGUUUCUCCCAGCCUUACCUGGAGAUGCUGGGAGUUGAACUUGAGUCGGUUUGCAUGCAAAGCAUGUGCUCUGCCACUGAGCCUUUUCCAAAGAAAUCAGCUGACAGUUAUUUGUACUAAGGUUCUUUUUUUCCACCUUUGCAGUUAACAGGCUGUAAAAUAUUGAAUAAUGAACCUUGCAUACACUGGGAUAGUUGCCAGACUAUAAAGCGGUAUUAAGCAAGUAGAGUUCAAACAUGUUACAGAUAUGACGCUGGAACUGUACUAAUGGUGGCUAUGAUAUUGUAGCAAUGUCAUUUCUAGUAAAACCUCAGUGCUGCUAUGAAAAUAGGUGUAGUUAAUAGCUAGAACGCUCUCUAAGGUAAGUUUGACCUCCGAAUGGAACUCGCAGAUCGGAAUACAGUACUUCAAAAAUCACAUGAAUGGGCGUUUUACUGAAGGAAGAAAAUUGCACUUGUUUAUAUUGGGAAGACAAGCUUUUUAACGUAACCGAAAUAGUUGUUGAUGUUUAAAUACUUUGGAUAGAAGUCAGCACUUUCAAAAAGUGUUUUCGUCAGAGAGAACAGUGACUUGAUGAAAAAGAGUUCCAUAGGUGAAACUCAUGGUAUCAGUUUGACAGCACGCAUAACAAUGUGCACAGCUUUUGUUUGUUUGUUAAGCAUUUCUUCUACAAGACUGCACUUCCUUUUUCCCUCAGACAGGUACCUCUUUAAAAAUCCUCUGAUCUUCAGCAUGAUGUCACACUAAGUCUAGAGUCCCAUUUUAAAACUGACUUGAUAAAAGCUUUUUUGUAGUGCUGUAGAUUGUUUUUGUUUCAAAGCCCCACCCAUCAGACACCUGAGAAACUAGCAUGCAGCAAAGCAACUAACUUGGUAAAACAAGUUAUUGAACUGCAAUAUUAAAUUUACUUUUCAAAACUUUAAAAGAUGCUGGGCAUUAAUGUUUGUUUAUCUUGAUAAAUUAAGCUUGGACUUAGAAAAUGCUCAGCAUGCUGUUGACAUUAGAACAGACUAACGUGUUAGUAAUUGGGUUGUGUGUGUGUGUGUAUAUAUUUGGGUCACUAAAUGGUCAACAAACUGUGUGUGGAGACACACGCAUAUACAGAAAGUGCGCCAUUAUUGGCCAAUCAUGUGUCUCCUUUUACAAUCUAGCAUUCCUAUUUAGAGGGUUUAAUAAUAUCUAACAGAUUUUUCUUGUAAAAUGAAAAAUCUUGUAAAAAAAAAAAGAUUUUAAGGCAGAGAUUGAAUGGCAAUCUGUCAUGGAUACUUUGAGAUUCCUGCAUUGCAGGGGGAUUGGACUAGAUGACCCUCUGGGUCCCUUCCAAUUCUAUGAUACUGUGAUUCUAACAUUGUAACAGUGUUGCCAGCAGCACCAAAAUAUCUGGUCAAAUCCCAGAUCAGUGAUUGACUUCAGGCACUCAGAAUCUCACUCUCUGUUGCCCAUCUCUAAAACAAGAAUUAUGGUAAUCGUCAAUUUGGCUGCUGUGAAGAUGACCAAUAUAGUCUUUAAAGCAUAUGGCAAGCUUCCAAGAGAUUAAACAAUACAUUGUGUCCUCCCCAAUCCUUGGGCAUGGAAGAGUAAUUUCACCUGCGGUGUUCUUACCCGGAUGGGAUUCAUGAUAUAGCAUUAAGAUGAUGUGUGAUAUGAUGAGCAGCAGUUAAAAUGCUGUUGAUAUUAGUGAACAAUUAGUGUUUGAGGCCCUGCAACUAGGAAUUGUGGUAGGAGUGCAGAGCCUCUGAGAUGUGAGCUAGUAAGAUACUGCUAUACAGUGGUACCAUGGGUUACAUAUGCUUCAGGUUACAUACGCUUCAGGUUACAGACUCCGCUAACCCAGAAAUAUUACUUCUGGUUAAGAACUUUGCUUCAGGAUGAGAACAGAAAUCACGCGGCGGCGCAGCAGCAGCAGGAGGCCCCAUUAGCUAAAGUGGUGCUUCAGGUUAAGAACAGUUUCAGGUUAAGAACAGACCUCUGGAAUGAAUUAAGUACAUAACCAGAGGUACUACUGUAGUGCAAAUUCAUUCUUAUUAGUCUGCUCUCCUAUUUUUCCUUGUCUAAAAUGUAUUCAGCAUUCUGCUGCUAAACAUUUUAACUUUCCUGUGUACAGCCCUGGUUUUGUAAAAGUACUAGGAUUGGUAAAGUAGGCCCCCAAUGCCAGAGCUUAGUUAGGUCUCAAGAAUCUGAGCAAACUACAGUUUAUGGGUAGUCUUCAAAGGCAGCCCCAUGUAUAAUACAUUACAGAAGUCUAAUCUGAAAGUUACUAGAGUUUUCAUAACUGUGGUAAGCCAGUCUAUCCAGGAGGGAAUCCAGUUAUUGCACCGAAAAACUGAAUUAACUGCAACCAGUUUAGCCUCCCAUCCUGUAGACUGAAUUGGGAACAUUUUAUCAAAAUGGCUGAGUAUGAAAACAGUCUGUGUCAUUAUUUCUGGUAGUGUUUUAAAGCCACAAUGCACAUUUAUUAUUAUUUUUAAGCAACUUAGAUGGUUUUAUUGUUCAUUCUAUCAUUGAGACAUUACAAGCUCCUCACAGGUAAAACCUAUACAGUUUAGGCCACAGCUUUUUUCAAGGAGAGAAUAUAUUUGACUAUCAUAUUAAACCAUAGUUUAUCAGGACAGUACCUAGUCCCUUCCUGGACUUGUGCAAUCUUCUCCCCACCACCCUGCAGCUGGAAGAAGGUGUGUUGAAGCUUUUGCCUUCACUUAACUGCAGAUUGUCAUAUCCAGUGUUUCAAACAGUGGUUAACAGCCAUGGGUGAUUUUCAACAACCCAACUUCAAGGCAUAGGGGUUAUGACACAGACCUGGUUUGCAUGUCACACUAAACCAAACUAUGAUUUUGGGUAUGUGUGGGCUUCCAAAUAGGAAAUCAUUAUCACUUUGCUCUUCACUAGUUGCUAUCCUGUUGUGCUGAGUUUAGUCACAACUUGGUUUCACAUAUUGUCUGAACCCAGGCAUGGGGUCUAGCUCUUCCCAAACUAAUCAUGAGCUGAACCAAGGUUUGUCUUGUGGCUUAAAACUUACAGUUUGACCAGGAGAAUUAAACCUUGAACCUUGGUUCAUAUGACAAGGUAAGAUAGGCUUAUUUAUGUUGCACGAAACUUUGGUUUAGUUUGACAUCCAGAUGCAGCAACAGAAUAGUAGUUUGAAAUGAGUCCUACUCAUAGUUAGAAAUAGGGAAGCCCAAGUACAUGGUAGGCCUUAGUAGGCACAACGAGAUCAGGUUUGUGCGUGCAAGAUGGGUUCUUAUUGUCUCCCAUCAACAGAAAUGCAUGGAGAAAAACAUCACAGGAUGUGCUUAUGCCACAAGCUAAUGCCUUCUCUCUCCUUCUGACUCACUGUCUGCGCUUCUUUACUAUCUCUUCCAGCAGAGUUUCUGCCCCAUCUUUGACAUUUGGGUUAGCCGUAGCCGGCUGUCUUUUGCUUCCCCCAUAUUGUCACCUGUCCUUUUUCUUAGUGGCUUAAUCCUAUUGUCUGUCUUGCUUCCACAGCAUUUGUUCUCCAAAUGGUGAGUAGGCUGGAGUGACUGGCUAGUAGAGGAGGGAGAUAGAAUGGAAGUAGUAAGCUCAGCUCUGAUGGGAGCAGAGUCAGAUGGGAGAAACAAUAUACUUGCUGUUGAGCUUCAAAGUAUUCAAUGAGCAAGUGAACCAGGGCUAGCGUGAAAUAUAUACUACCUGCCAUGGGUGAACAGUCUAUCUUCUAAUUGCAUAUCCGUUUCUCUCAGAGAUUUCACUGUCUAAUACAAAACUUGAGACAUGUCUUAGUCUUUUUUAUCUAUUUUGCCUUGGGUUUUGCAUAUCAAAUUAUGAUGCACUUACAUACUUGGCUAAUAGUUUUCACACUGGCUUUAAUGAAAGCUACCAGAUGUUUAUAGUAUUUAUCUUAGCAAUGAGGGAUUAUUUAAUGCCUUAAUGGUCUUAAAUAAUAAUUCAGGGUUUAUUUGAUGGACUUUGAAAUUUACAUCAUUUGUAAACCUUACUGGACAACAUGAAUUAAAAGUACAUUUUAAGUAGGUUUAAAAAGGCAGAAUACUGUAGCAUAUUCCCAAAAAAAUGGUUGAAACUCUUGGACAGAUAUUCUUACUGCUUUCUCUGGCACUUUGUUUACAAACAUUUAGCCAUGUUUUGCAUUCAGAUCAACUUCUUGACAUAUUAAAAGAAGGUGACUUAAAUGGUCUCUUCCUGGACAGCACAAAGAAGAAAAGAUUUGUAAAUUUGUAUACUUGGUGUUGGGGAAUUCCUCUGUAUUUUAAAAUUUGGUGUGUUACAGCUUUGCAUGAUUAUGAAGAUGCUUUGUGGUAAUACACACACAUAGAUGGAUACAGCUGCAAAAACUCAACACGAUGCUCAAAUGAAAGGAAAACCAAAAGUCUGUUACCUUCUUCCUUUUCAAUUUUAAGAAAUAAAUAUGGAGCGAUGGGUCAGAAUGAAAUCAGAUCAAAAGCCAUCAUCAACAACAAAAAUAAUUAAUUGGUUUGGGAAGGGAGGAGCCUGAAACAGGUCUAGGGCAGGCUUCUAUUUUUAAGCAUGCUUGUGUUGGGAUGGGAAAACAUAGGUGUUGGUUCCAUAUUUAUAUGCAGCUGUAAUGCUGUAAGUUGAACUAUACAUGGAGAUUACAUUGCUUCUUAUACCAGCAUCUACUUUAGAGCAAAGAACAAAUAUACUAAGAAAACAAAAUGGCAUAAAGCAUCUGCUCCAGCUAUUAUUUCGAACUAGUCAGGAUUAACACUUCUAUGGAUCCAAAUAGCACUUUUACACAAACAAGCAGCGACAAAGUCAGAACUUAUUAGCAUGUGAUCAGAUAUUUGCUGACAAAAGGAUUAUAGUUAUUUUUGGUUACAUGGAAUUCAAUACAAAAAAUAAAGGCCCAAGUGGGCUGUAGUUUACCGACACUCACAUGGCUCUUUGCGUGAACUUGUCCCUUCCUUAGGUUUGGAUAAAGUUGAGUACCACUUGUUUACUUACCUGGCAGGAGCCUACACAUUUGGCUGGCCUUGGUAUCGCAACAUUGUUUUGGUUGCCAUUCUCAACCAUUGCAAUACUGUUGACUGUAUUUGUUGGGCCCUGAUAGCCACAAUUGCAAUCAACAAUCUGGGAAUGACUGCAGAAAAAGAGGCAAACCAGAUCUAAACACUUGUCUUGUAUGUGUAGUUCAGUGAGUGUAACGGCUAUGAACGUGGAUGAAGGCUGCUGCAGAUAGGAUCUACCGGUUCGUCGUGACUAUUCAUUCCAUCAGAACAGAGCCCUAUUGCGAAGACUGUGCGUUGAUCAGCGUGCACUGAUCUACACACACAAAACAAAUUCACGCACAGGCAUCUUCCAAAACCCCCCAAAAAACCCUAUGUACUCUUUUGAUUAUAAAUCUAUAAGGACCAUAACUCAGUGGUAGAUCUGCUGCUAGUCUUUGUAGACAGUUACUGAGCUGGAUGACCAAUGCUCUAAUUUGGUAUAAGACAUCUUACUAUGUUCCAUAUUCACAGAUGUUGGCUUUCUCCAGCAAUUGUAGAGUGUCCAGACACGUAAAUAGCAUAACUUUGUGGUGGCAGGGUUUUAACUGACUUAACAGUAGACAGUAUUUGAUAGUAAUGCAUAGUAAAACAUAUAUUAAUGGAAAGGAUUUUGAAUCGGCGUUGCUGUUUAUAGCUGUUUCCCUUGACGUGGUUCAGUUUGUCAAAGUAUUCCUCUUCUGUAACAAUAUAAAAAUGCAAGAUGUGAUUCCAUUUUUAACCUGUCAUGGUUAAAACUUUUUUUCAGACUUAAGUUGUGAAAUUCUACUUCAUCCGUUUUCUCCCUUAUGUUAUCAAAGCCCCAUUGAAUUCAAUGAGAUUUACUUUUGAGUAGAUUUAGCAGGAAUUACUCUCCCCAAUCUCAGUAUAUUGUAGUCAUUUUUAGCAGGGAUCGUGUGAUAUACCUUUGAGGCUUAUUUUCAGGCCAUUUAUUUGCUUGAAAUUCAGCCUCUAAAUGUUUUGAGUGUGAUCCAGCCAAAUUUCAGUGCUUAAUAAUCUUACUGUUAUGACUAAGGAGCGUUAACAGUUGCUUUUUUAAAAAAAUGAAAUCAGUGGGUCCUGACUUGGUUGGAUUGUUCUUAAUGCCACUCCCCCUUGGCAAUACUUUUAUUUUUAUUCUUAAAAGGGAUUCCCGCCUCAUCAGUUAGGGAAUCUAUUUCCACACUUCACAGUCUUUUAGCACGGGGUACAUUAAUAUCUCUGUUUGGUAACAAAAAAAAUCACCAUUCAAUAUUUGAACAGGAUGGUAUUUCAAGAAUAUAGCUUCAUUUUUGCUGCGGCUCUUAUAGGGAUAUGAAAGGGCACAAAGCUAAAAGUGGAGAUGUAAAGAUCUGGUCUCUUUAAUUUCUAACUUUGAUUUUUAUAGUUCUAUUUUUGUAUAUUUUUCAGUCCAAGCCUUAUGCAUUUGACCGCGUGUUCCAGUCACACACAUCACAGGAGCAAGUAUAUAAUGACUGUGCAAAAAAGAUUGUCAAAGGUAAGAGGAGACUUCUUAAUAAAUGAAUCGCAAAUGGGGUUGUUGGGCAUAAUGUAAUUCAUCUCGUAUUUCCACCUAACAUGCGUUUAGGUGAGGUACUAAUUAAAAUACAGACAGGAAGAUAUUUAUACAGUUCAGGUUAAAGAAUGACAUUGGUUCUUAAAUCUCUGGCAUUCUUCAGGCUCCCCCCCCCCCCCCCCCGUUCUAUUUUGAUUAUUGUGCUGAAAAUCUUGUGUACGUGGUGUGGGCUGAGGAAUUGAACAGGUAGUAAGACAGAUUGGCCUUCUGUCCCUAUAUCGGCUGAAAGUAUAGGUAUGAAAGAUCUAAGGCUACUUUGCUACAUCUGGAUAUAUCUGCUUAUGGGACUUUGAUAUAGGCAACACAUAUAAUUGUAAGGUGUCUUUAGUCUUCCCAGGUGUGAACAUUGUAUUGUGAGGAGCAAGUAUAAGUUUAGGCUUUUUACUGGUUACCUUGUUCUGGAGCUUUAGAUAGGGCAAUAUCUGAUUCCCACCAUCUGCUCCUUCCUGCUACCUGUGCAUUUGAGACCCUGAAUUUAUACAACUGCCUAUUAGCUGUUGACAUUGUAUCUUUCUCAAGAGACAGUGGAGUGCAUUUCCGGGGAUGAAGUCAAACCAUUGGAAAAUUGCAGCGCCUGCUGUGGCUGCAGAGACCAGUAUCUCGUAACUGCUGUCUACUUCGUUGUUUUUGCUGUAUUAGAAGCACUGAAGUGACCUCUCUGGGACACAAGCCUGGGCAGUGUUUAUGGGGGUCCAGGGCUGCAUAAACAGCAAGACCCACCCCCUUUUUGGCCUUGCUGAUGUGGUUCAGAGGAAAGCAGAACAAUACAUUUGGCACCAGCCUGGCUGCAGGAAUGGUCAAAAGGAGGUGUGCAAUACGCCAUCCAACUGUCUUAGGGACUCCACUCUGGAGUUGUGUAGGGUUUACUCCUUAGCCUUUUCUUCUCCUAAAGAUGUCCCACAAGACAGCAGGUACAGAAUUUUCCUCUGGGUUUACACCUGAAGCCUUUCUCAUGAAUCAGUAUAGUUGCAAACCUAUUAGCUGUAGUUGAUAGGGAAUUGCAUGCAGAUGAAUCUUUGGACUAGCCGAGAUGUAGUGGAGUUGUCCAAAUCUGUCCAGCAUGGAAACCAUAAGGCUGCCUCAGGGGAGCACCCCCUUGCCCAACAGCAAAAUGUAGUGGGCUGCCGAAGGAGGGAUGGAAUUCUGUCCCUCUUUCAGCCUCAUGUUAUGGGGCUUGUUUACAAGGCUUUACCAGAUGCAAGGUUACUUUAUGGCAUGCUGCAUACUAAGUACUUGUUAGCAAAAUUUGUUCAAAUACUUUUGGAAGAUAGUAUCUGUUUCAGGGUGGUUCACAUGAGUUGUGGUUAUAUCAUUAGUAUGCAUUUUCUUUCACCCUAGAUGUACUUGAGGGAUACAAUGGUACAAUAUUUGCUUAUGGGCAAACAUCAUCUGGGAAAACUCACACUAUGGAGGUAAGAUAUUGUGGUCAUGCAUACUUGGGACACACUUCUCUAAACAUAUCUAAACCCUGUUUCCAUAUUCAGGAAGUAAAGCCUCCAGGUGUGGGGAGAAAAUCAAAGUUAUCUGACAAAUUCUGCUAUAUGUGAUAUAUUUUAAAAUGGAAGACUUUUGUACAAUAAAAGCUUUUUUUAAGUUAAUGCAAAAAAUGUGUAGACCUAACAGAGUAUAACACAGAUGUCAUUGUCUCAUAUACAUACAUACAAGAUAACAUAUGUCCUAAGUACACUCCAACAAUUAUCCUUCCGGCAUCAGGUGAUUGCCUCCUUGUGCUCAUUGCCAUUGAUAACAAAUUGGCUACAAUAACACGCAUGGGAUUUUUUCUCCCAACAAGUAUUUAGAGUAUUGAGCUAGUAGUCAGGGCAAUAAAGUGAGAAUCAUUUGCUGAUGAGUUUUAUCAUAAAAAUCACUUUCUAGUUGUUAAAAGACAAGCCCUGUAGGAGAGAAGGAUAGCAGCGUAACUACCUCAAAACAGUUCAAAAGGCAACACAUUAAAUGUGACCUGAGUCAACAGCUUAGGAUAGUUCACUGCUCAUUUUAGGAAUUUACAAAAAGAAUGAUAACUGCAAAUCAGUUUAUUCCAAUAUAUUGUCUGUCUCACCCAAGGUUUAGCAUAUUACCUUAUGCAUUUUUGGAUGUAAGUAUAACUUAACUCAAUAGAACUUACUCCUGAGUAAACAUACUUGGGAUUGGGCUGUAAGUCCUAUUGCAGUGUGUGAAUUAACAGUUGUUCUCUUCUCACAAUUGAAAUCUUUGGAACAUAAUUAAAUUUGUUUGGAUUAUUUAUUUCAUAAGAAUAUCUACUCUGCUUGAUUGUAAAAAACCUCAAAGUGGUUUCAUGCUUAUAUGUUUAGACAAUUAAUUAGUUAAAAAGGCGUUUCCUAAAGGCUUUCUGGUUAGUGUUCUAAAAAUCUGUAACGUAUGUGGUCUUUGUUUUCUCUUUCUUUCUUUCUUUUUAAAUCCAGGGGAAGCUACAUGAUGUGGAUGGAAUGGGGAUUAUUCCAAGGAUUGUGCAAGAUAUUUUUAAUUAUAUUUAUUCCAUGGAUGAGAAUUUGGAGUUUCAUAUUAAGGUAAGUUUGUUUUUAAAUUAUACAUAUGUCAAAUUCAAGACAACAGAAUUCUAAGUAUUCUAAGAGAUACACAAUUUCCAUCUGGUUUGGAGAUCACAAGACAGUUUAGGUUGAAAGUAUGACUCUCAAAUGAUUUAAAGUAUAAUUAACCAAAGUAUAAUAAACCACUAAAAAUAUCCUAAAAUAUCGCGAACCAUCGCUUGUUCUCUAUUUAAAAGAAUUGGUUUAAUAAGAUUGAAUGGUACAGUAAUUUCUAUAUUAUGUAGUAUUAUGUGUCAGCACUUUCUAAAUUUUAUUUUCUUUCAAAAUCUAGUAUGGGAAUAGAACAUUGCAGUUUGCUAGAAUAGCUCUUUCAAAGGUUAUGAAAAAUGAAAUAGAUUAGUUGGGGAUCUGUGGUUAAGGCAUAUUGUUUGGGUAUGAUAGGUGGGGUACAAAUAGUCAUUACUUGUGGGAUUAAAACAGAUCAUUUUCACAGAUGUUUGGGCAUGGUUGAUCAUCAACAUUAUAGACUUUCAUAGUAUUCUUUUAGAUAUAAAUACUUAAAAUUCUGCAAAGUGCCAUUGUGUUGAAUGGUAUGUUUUCAGCUGCAAGUAUGAAGCUUUGUAUCUUAGUUAUAUUUGGGGCUGUUAGUGAUCUCUUCAGACACAUCACUAGACUUGUAUGUUAACUGUAUGAUGUGUGCAAAUGUUAUUCAAAGAUUUAAUGCCUGAUAGUUUACUAUAGAGAUAUAUUUGUUGAAGUUUACAGAUCCUUUCUAUGGUAUUGGUGUACUAGUUUUCAGUUACAACAAUUCUCACACUGGUUCACAAGAAUAACAUCAGAUCUCUAAAUGGAUUGCAUUGCCCUCCCAAUGAUAGAUCAUUAAUAUAAGUUGCUGUGGACUUUGAUUGGGCAGUGGUUACUAUCCUUCCCCCCCCCCUUUAUAUUUUUCAGGUGUCAUAUUUUGAAAUUUAUCUGGAUAAAAUAAGGGACCUUCUGGAUGGUGAGUACAUUUUUUUUCCUUUGAGGGAGAAUAGGAGCAGUUUGAGUUGCAAGGUGUAAUGAAACUUGGAUCUUGCACCUGUCUUCUGAACCAAAAGUUAGAAUGGGAAGCAUAAUCAGUUGGAUUUCUGUCCCAGCUGUAUGUACAUAAAAACAGAUUUAAGUGUGCAACGGAGGAUAAAAACCAGAAUAAUGAAGGCACUAAUUUGAGGGAGUUUUUGAGGAUUAAGAAAGACUUAAGAGAUGUUGUUGGGCCCACAAAGCAAAUGAAACAUGAAGACAAAAGGGUAGAAUAAUUAGAGGAUAUAAAUUAGGGAAAUAAAACUUCAGGCUGUAAACCAGAAGGAAGUUAUUCUGUCCAUGAUUUUUGGCAGAUUGCCUAGAGGUUAUGUAUUAUUGGGAUAUUAGAUGUAUAUUGUACAGUGAUAAAUAUAGAGGACUGGCUGUGGAAGAUAAUGGUAUAGUAAAAUUAGUUUUAGUAAAAAGCAGUUUAUUUUAUGCCUCUUGGAUGUUACAUAAGUAUAUAGCAUCUGUAUUGGUUUAGUAAUUCAAAUUUGUGAAAAGAUUGCUUGAAGGACUUUUAUAGCUUACUGUUGCAACCCUUAUUCAGGACACAGUUGCAAGUUUAAUAAUGUUUAUAAUGGGUCAGAACUUUUCUAACAUUACAGGUGGUUUAUGUCUGGUUUAAAAGGUGGUCAGCAGACAGAAGUGUUCAGAAUUAUAAAUCUCACCCAGGGUUAAUAGUUUUUAGUGCAAGGAACUAUCUGUAAUUAUAAUGAUAUAAAUAAAAUGUGUUAUGUAUUAAACUGUGUUAGAGUAUUGAUGUUGUACAAGCACACACUUGGGUAAAAUUGUUUUACCAUAUAUACAUAUAUAUAACUUUAUUUUUGAUGAUUAACUAGAAAAUAGAACUUGGUGUUGUCAUAGAAAGCUCAAUAAUAACAGCUUAAAAGGUUGCAGUAGUGCAAAAGGCGAAUUCAGAAUGGAAAAGUAUUAGAAAGCAGACUAUGUGUAAAUGACAGAUUACAAUGCUCUCAUAAAAAUCCAUGAUGCAAUCAUAUUUUCAAUAGGACAGUUCUGGUCACCUCAUGUCAAAAACCAGUGGUGAACUUUGGGCUUUCAAAUUUGAGCAAUGUCCUGUGCAAUACCAAAAUUUGGCACCAUCCCUCAACCUUCUGACUUGUGUCAUUGUUGGAGCACCCCCUGUGGCGUGCUCUCAGCUCAGCGCGUACAAACCACACUCCCCUAAAUCCGUGUCUGCAGAAAGGCUCAUUGUGUGGAAUCUAUACCUCUAUGGAAUGUCUGCCUUGAAAGGAAAGACUAAAAACUUCCUGGCUUAGCUGGGGGAGGAGGGGAGCUAAGGAACAACAAAGUCUAGACAGUGAUAAAAUCCAAGGAGAAUGUAAAUGGAUAAAUGUUGUUGCAUAACAGUAGAAGUUAAGAAUUGCCAAAUGGAGCUGGUUGGCAAUAGGUUUGUUACAGAUAAAAGGAAUUAUUACUUCAUGUGACUCAAUUGCCCUAUGACAUUAUUUCCACAAUAUAUAGUGAUGACCACUUAGCUUGGUUUAAAACUGGCCUAUGCAAAUUCAUAGGUCAAUCAACAGCUGUUAAUGAGGAUUGCUAAUUGAGACCUCCAGGUUGCAAGGAAGUGCUUGCUGAGUAUCAUUGCUGAGGAAUAAUGGGAGAUGGCCGUUGUGAUCAUGCUGUAUUUGUGAGCUUUCUGUGGUUAAAUAGCAAGUUUUAUUUAUUUGUUCGUUCUGUAGCUUCUGACGAAGGUAACUCUCAAUGCUUUUUUCCUUUCAGUCUCUAAGACCAAUCUUUCUGUGCAUGAGGACAAAAACAGAGUACCUUAUGUGAAGGUGAGUAUAAAGAUUACACAAGUAUGUUGGCCGCCUUUACAAAUCUUGUAUAUGUUAUUUACCUUAUGUUCAUGUUUUCACAGGGCUGCACUGAACGUUUUGUAUGUAGUCCAGAUGAAGUUAUGGAUACUAUAGAUGAAGGAAAAUCAAAUAGACAUGUAGCAGUUACAAGUAAGUUGUUUACUUUGUAAGAAUUUAUUUUUUUAAAAAAAAAUAAGAGCAUCUCAUGUUAUCCUAUUAACAAAUUGCCAGAUCUUGUUCUGGGCAUAUAACUCUAUAAAAUUGUAAGUACAUACAAUAUCAGUGAACUGGGUAUUCAGUUGGCUUCAAAAUGGUUCCUUUCCCCCUUGGUGUUCUUCCUUCCGAAGUGUGUUCAGUUCUUCCAAUUGCUUGGCAAGGCAGGAAAUCCUGUGACUUCAGGGGAAGCUGUAACUCUUCUCUUCCUGUUGGAGCUUCACUUCCUGCCUUUGCUCAGAAUGCCUACUUGAACCCCUGUCUUCAGGAUCCUUUUCACAUAUCUUUGGCAUGUGCCAAUUCUAAUUCUUCAAUGAUUUUCUCUUCUUCAGUGCCUUCAUAUAUUAACAUUUUUUUUAAAAAAAUCUUUAAUCCAAACUUUGAGUUUUCCUCCUCCAUUUAGUGCUUAUUCACUAUUUUCCUCUAGACCUCUUUCCUACUCCCCCCAACCCCAGUUGUUAUCGCCAACAGAAGGGAACGACUAAAUGGGCCAACAGCGAAUGGACAAAACCUCUGCAGGCUGUCUGUAAUGUAAAGCAGCACUCAGCGACUGCGUCAGCAUUGGCCGUGCCUCCACCUGUGGUAGCACUACCAGCCUCAAUGGAAUACUCAGAGCCCUCAAGUGACCAUGGACUGUGACAAAAUUCCCCAGCUGAUGAGAGGGCUUUAUGUUUUCAUCAAGCUGCUUGGGGAUGGAAGUGUACUGGCAGUGAUACUCUCAAAAUCCAGUCUCUUCAGCUUGCUUAUAGGCUCUUUCUUUCCUGGCUGAUGAUUGCCAUUCUAUCAAUAAAUUAAGAGAACUUGGAAAGAGGCUUUUGAGGGGAGGGGUGCCUCUUAGCAGGGAAAGAAGGGGACUUUGACUCUAUAGUACUCCUUUUGACCUGUGGCCAGCAUCUCAGGUGGCAAGCCCUGUGACUAAAAAAUGAGACCUUGCAAGUCAAAUGUGGCACCUGGAUGGAGAAAAUGCUGGUGUGUGCUGGAUGUGGACAUACAUGUUCUACAGUAAAUUAUCACUGGUUUAAUUUUCUGUCUAGAGCAACUAUUCUGCCAACAAUUGUUGAAAAUUCAUGGUCUAAGACAGGAAAGAGCUUGGAGCACCUUUGGAUACCAGCUUGGAGAUAGCAGCUACCUUUCACACUUCUUCUGAAAUGAAAUAAGCUUAGCCCAGUUCCUUUUUCUACUGUCAUAAGGAUUAAUCAAUGUGGGUGUAUAAACUGCAUAAUUUCAUGUACUAGGCAGAUCACUGCUGACUAAUUCCAUGUGGACAUGUAGUUUGUUGCUAUAGGUUUAACAAUAGGCUUCUUCCCCUUUGAAUAUUAAGCACUUGUAAUUCACAAACAGGUGAGGUUUGUUGCCAGAAUGCAUACUUACACAACUCAAAUUUCGUUACAGACAUGAAUGAACAUAGCUCUCGAAGCCAUAGCAUCUUUCUCAUUAAUGUAAAGCAAGAAAAUACUCAAACAGAACAGAAAUUGAGUGGAAAGCUUUACCUUGUAGACUUGGCAGGUAGUGAAAAGGUAAUAAUACAUUUAUAUUUUGAAGCUGAUUGAACUGAGUAUGUAAAUGAAAUAAAUUGUGUUCCCUGUUUCAAUAUUUGAUCUUACCACAUGUCCUAGUCUGCCACUGCUUCUGGAGUAAGGUGGUCUUUUGAAUUGGAUUCAGGCUAACUUAGUUCCCUUUGAAAUCAACGAGACUCAAGUUCAGCUAACUUAAUAUUCUUCCAGCUAACAUGUAAAUAUAUUUACAUCCCUUUACCAGUUUGUGAAGGCAAGGCAUUUUUGCUUGACAUCUGGAAGUAUUGUGUUUUCCAUCUAUUCCUUUUACAACAGAUUAUUUAGAAUUGUGUAAUGCCUUGGUAGCUAUAAUAAAUGAACUUCCAUUAUCAACCAUGGAAGUUGAGGAAUACAGUGAUAAAUCCAGAGAAUCUAUACCAGUGAAAAUGCAGAAGGAGCAGUAUUGGUGAUCUAUUCACAUUUAUAUUGAACAAGAGAGUGAGUGUAAUUGAUUGUCAUCUUGCAGUUCCUAUUUCCCUCUGCAGAUUGUUUAGUAGUUGAGCCCUAUAGUCAUAAUAAUUUAGCAGAGACCUUAGCAGCUGCAGCUAUUUCAUGUGGAGACUACAUAUUAUAUUCUUACAUGGGUUCAAUAGUAUAAAUUAAAAUGUCUGCAAGAGUCUGACAAUUGCUUUCACUUACAAGAAUGCUGGCACUCAGGGAUUUUUAUUUUUUUUACAAUUUCAUGAAAAUCCAUUUAUUGUCUUGAACAAAUUGCACAAGAUUUAAAACCUUAUUUAAUUCAAUCUACUAACUGAGUAUAAUUUUUAUAUCAUUUGGAAUGCAUAAAAGCUUGGCAGGGGGAGGAGGUUGAGGGGUUUCAGUGGGAAGGGGGUAUGAGGAAAGUCCAUUACAUAGUGUGGAGGCUUCUUUGAACCAAGGCAGGGGGUUGUAAAAUUUAUUUGUUUAAACUUUCUUACAACUGCCUACAUUAUUGCAGGUUAGUAAAACUGGAGCGGAAGGUGCUGUGCUAGAUGAAGCUAAGAACAUCAACAAGUCUUUAUCGGCUCUUGGAAAUGUCAUUUCUGCUUUAGCUGAAAACAGUGUAAGUGUAUUUCUAUUCUGAAAACAUUUGAUGAAAUUACUCAUCAGGGGAUGAGCACAAUACAUAUCUGAAGAAGUUUAGCAGAUUAAGUGUUCAGUGAUUUUGUAGUUGUCAAAUACACAGCAGCAUUUAUGUGACAUGGGCCACAUUUGCAUGUAAUGCUAGGCCAUGGUUUAGCACUAAGCAGAAGUGCCUGAAUGAGUCUGAGCAGUGUGUCAGACUUGGACACUUCCUCCUCCCCUUUGUUCCUUGAAGAAGGCCAUAAGGAGGACUUAGCAAAGUUAAGUUUCACUUUUAUGGCAUUUGAACCAUAGAUCCUAGUUUCAAAAGUUAUGGUUAGUUUAGCAAGCCAGCCUUUGAACCUAUGGUUUGAAGUUGGCUUGAAAUGAAACCAGGGUUUGUUUUAAACCAGGACCUCUGGCCUGAAUUUAAAACUAAACUAGGACCCUUUAAAAGUGAAGCUAAACUCUGAUGUUCCACUUUCACAGGGCUUUGAAGAAAAGUGUGUAAGUUCAGUGUUUGACUCAAGUAGGCUCGUUCACAUAGUGCCAAACCAUGGUUUAGUAUUACGGGCGAAUCAACCAUAUGUAUACUGUAUUAUCCAAAAAUAGGCUAUAUAGAAGUUCAGGCUUUCUUGGUUAAUGAACAUAAAAAUAUUAGGUACUGCUUUAGCUUUACAAAGCAAAAUGCAUAUGUAGAAGCUUAGUUCAUAAAAUAGUUCUAUAAAUCAAGUUAAGGCCAUCUUUUUCCCCCCUUUUUUCUUUUUUGCAGAAUUAUGUUCCAUAUCGUGAUAGUAAAAUGACCAGAAUCCUUCAAGAUUCACUAGGUGGCAACUGUAGAACCACAAUUGUUAUUUGCUGCUCUCCAUCAUCUUAUAAUGAAUCUGAAACAAAAUCUACCCUGUUGUUUGGUCAAAGGUGAGUAAUGAGGUUAAAACUAACUUGUAGAGCACAGCCCAAGGUGUGAACCCAUGGAAACAAACUGUAGACUUCCCACAAAGUUCUAGUAAGCUGCUGUUCAUAAUGAUUGUCCAUGUGCAUGCUAUAUACAUGCACACAUCAAUUUAUUUGUAUGCUGCCUUUCCAUAUGCUCAAGGUGGCUUACAGUGUGAAAAAAUACAUAACUACAAACAUAACAAAGGUAGCCAUACAUAAUAAAACAUCAAAAAGUGCACAACCAAAUUGAACCAUUUCCACAUAAAUAAAAAUAUCUAAAAUAAAGAUACAAAAAACAAACAUCAGCAACCCAUCCCCCACAAUCCCCCACCCCAAAUACAACACCCCAGUGCAAGAAUCUGUUCGGCAGCCUCAGCUUUUGUAGCUGAAGUUGGGCUCUCCCUCCCAAUCCAAGUGUAAAAAGCCAGCAGGUCUUCCACAGCCAAUAUGCUAUUGAAAGCAAGUAAUGCUUUGCUUAAUAUAAGUCACUAUAGAGCUCUACAAACGGAUUGAUGAUGUGCUUUCUGGAAUAUAUUAUUGGAGAUUGAUGCAUUAUUGCCUUGCAGAGUCAUUGUUGACGUCGUUUGAUUUGCUGAAUUGGUGUCUGGACUCAUUAAUGGUCUGGAUGAGUCAACAAACUGAUGUUCAGAUUGGGACACUUAGUGGACAGUUCCUCUGUUCAUAUGGGUGAAAUGUAUCAUGUUCAAGAUGGGGUUACGAUCUUCUAGAAGGAGCAGAUGUGCAGUUUGGGGUACUCUUGGAUCCAACACUGUCUUUGCAGGCACAAGUGGCUUCAGUGGCAUGGAGUGCCUUCUAAUUCUGAUCGUCUCUUACUCUUAUAUUGACAGUGAUAGCAUGACUUCAGUUCUCUAUGCUUUGGUAACCUCCAGGUUAGACUUCUGCAGUUCAUUGUUUGUGGAACUGUCCUUAAAGAUGGCUUAGAAACUACAGCCAGUGCAAAAAAGGAUGUCUGCUAGAUUUUUAACUGAAACAAGAAGAUGGGAACAUAUAACACUAGUUCUGGUCUGACUGCAUUGGCUGCCAAUUUGUUUUCAGGCACAGAUCAAAAUGCUGGCUUUGACCUUUAACUUAAGCCUUAUAUAGUUAAAGGGCACUAUGUCUAUAUGGCCACCUCUCUGAAUAUGAACCUGCCUGGGCCCUGAGAUAUCAUUUGAUGCCUUCUCUGUGUGCUAACUCUAAAGCAGGUCCAGAGGGUGACUAUGAAAGAGUGAGUCUUCUCUGUAGUACGGGUAAGAAAUAGGCAUUCUCUGUUUAUCGGGCAGGAAUUCCAGGGGGCCUGCUUGGUGUCAAGCCUGUCAUCAUUAUGGUACCAGGCAAAAAUGUUUUUGCUUCCCCUGGAAUUUGGGCAGCACCAAUGAUAGUAUUAUUAUUUAACUUUUGCUUGAUUGUAAAUUGCUUCAGAAUGUUUUUUGUGGGAAACAAUACAUAACCCCAAACCUAACCUUAAGUUUAUUAGCUGCAGAUUAGCUUACUCUUAUCUGCAGAUAAGUUAUAGUUGCAGAUAACAUUUAAGGUUAAUGUUUCGUGCUGUAUGACUGCCUUGUGCUUCUGUCUCUGCCUGAAUCACAUGCAGAAUGAACUUGGUGUCUAAAUGUGAUGUUCUAAGGAAAGAAAGUAUAGCAGCUGUAUCUGAAAUUGUGGGUGCGUGGAAUAUGGAAGAUAGUUUAAUUACUUAGAAAAGGUCUUUAGGCUGUAGAUCAAAGUUAAAAUAUUCUAUACAGAAAAAAUUAAUUACCUUGUGAGCUGACUAGUAACCCUGUAUUCACUUAGCAUGGCAAACAUGUACUUUACCUUUAUAGAGCCAAAACUAUCAAGAACACAGUAUGUGUCAAUGUAGAACUAACUGCAGAACAAUGGAAGAAAAAAUAUGAAAGGGAAAAGGAGAGAAACAAGACACUUCGCAACACAAUACAGUGGCUUGAGAAUGAGCUGAAUAGAUGGCGUAAUGGUGAGUUAUGUCACAGAUCUUCACAACCCGUGUUAGCUAUACAUUAUUAUAAUGUGUGGCAGUAAAUUCCACUUUUGGUCACCGUACAGCAAAUUAAUCUAAAGUCUUGAUCGCAAAGCUGGAAAAAUCCCAGACCUGUGGGAACUGGAAUACUGCAAGAUUUUUUCCCAGCUUAGUGUUGAGGCUAAAUGUUCUUGUGACAAUUGAUCAGUUUAAAGAUCCUUUGCAUUAAGGACCUUUAAGUUCUAAUAACUUUGUAUUUAAAAAACUGCAUUAUUUGUGGGGCUACUCUUGAGAUUGGAACAGAAGCUGCAGCUGGGGCAGAACAUGGUGACUUGGUUGCUUGUGGAGACAAAAUAGUGUCAGCAUAUAACACUUUGGCUUGAGGGGACUGUUUUGGCUUGAUUUGCACUGGCUGUCAUGUCACUCUGCUACCAGGACAAGUUUAAGGUUCUGGUACUAACAUAUGUCUCCUGCACAUUCCAAACUCCCCAGGAGCCCACUCCACAGUGUGGAGCUAUUCUAUGGCUGCUCCUGUUCCAUAGAAUAGCAAUUCUGUCAAGGUACAACAGGUGUCCACUAUCUGUACUUUCCGGAAACAGCCAAAGACAUUUUUGUUACAAUAGGCUUAAUAGGUUGUUGCCAUGAGUAUCUAUUUUGUAUCGUAUUAGCUUUGUUUUGAAAGUAUCUGCUACUUUUUGCUGUUUUUAUUGUACACUGCUUUGAUACAAUUAGGUAGACUAGUGUUUAAUAAAAUCAUAUAUAUUGAUAAUAUCAGAGCUGCAGUAUUCAACCCAGUGGACUCGUAUUUUGUGUCCAAAUAGCAAUUUUCAAUGAAAUUCUCAUGCUAUCUGAGGUGAGCUAAUGUUGACUUAGUUUGCAAAGAUAUUUCAAACAAGAUGCAUUUGGUAAUUUUGUUUUAAAGGAGAGACUGUGCCUGUUGAUGAGCAGUUUGACAAAGAAAAGGCCAACUUGGAAGCAUUUGCAGUGGAUAAGGAUAUUACUGUUACUAAUGAAACUCCAACUGCUACUAUUGGAGUGAUUGGCAAUUUUACUGAUGCUGAAAGGAGAAAGUGUGAGGAAGAAAUAGCUAAAUUAUACAAACAGCUAGAUGACAAGGUAUGUCUUUAAAUUUUAAUGUACUUUAAACGAAGAACUGCCUUACUUUAUCAGAAAUCAAAUUGUUUCAUUAAUGUAAUUGAGUAGAUAGCUAUUUCUCUUUGUUAAGAGUAAAUUGCCAGCCUAAGAUCUGAAAUUGAUAGUGCAAUCCUGUAUAUGUCUACUUAGCAAUAAGCCCUAUUGAGUUCAGAGGGAUUUACUGCCAGGCACUGUAUUUAGGAUUGUAACCUAACUGUAUUUUAGCACUUCGUUGCUAAGCAUGAUCAUGUAGAGAGAUCAUGAAAAUCAUGCUAAGGAUGCAAUAAGUUGGCAUAAAAAAUUACAGUGGCUAAAAGUUAAUGAAUUGAAAAUAAAUUUGUCCUCCUUAUGGAAAAGUUUUUACCCUCCCUUAUGGAAAAGUUUUAUUGGGUAUUUUGGCCAUACCCAAUCUUUUGGGCACAUACAGUGGCAUUCUUGACUCCUGUGGUUUUCUGUUUGUUACAGAACAAAACUUCUAUGCCAUAUCAGUCAGUUCAGUUUGAAAAGGGGAUUUCCAUUUGGCAUGAGGAGAUGCCCAAAGACCUCUUGUGCAGAAUUAUUCACAAAGUGUUUUGGAUCUUGACUGUUCUCUCUAAAUUUUGUGGCGGGAUCAACCCAUAACAAUCUGUGACACUUUUAAUGAAUUCUAGAGUGAGCACAUUUUUCUUUCUUUAAAAAUUCAGGAUGAAGAAAUUAAUCAGCAGAGCCAAUUGGUAGAAAAGCUAAAAACACAGAUGUUGGAUCAGGAAGAGGUGAGUUUUGAUCUUCUAGUUAAUUCUGCAUGUUGCAAGAAUACAGAGCAAAAAAAGUGCAAUGUAUAUAAGUGACACUGAAUUAAUAGUAUAUAAGUUAGCAUUGCUCUUAGGAAUAGUACUGUUACUGAAGUACAAAAAAGUAACUGCUACACUUCAGAAAUCAGGCUGAGAUCAGGCUACUGAUUUCAAAAGGGCUUCUGUUAUUCUGUAUAGUGUCUUCAGGGACACCACUGUCAAUCACAAAAUUGCCUUCCAGGAUUUAAAGGAGUAGUCAGUGUCCUUAUUGAAUUUGGUGUACGCUGCUUAGUUACAGCCUAAAGGAAAUGUGGUGUUUCUUACCAUAUUUAUGUGCUUCCUGAUCACCAAAGCUUUCUAUGUGGCCUGCAAUAACAGUUAAGAACACUUAUGCAAAAAUAAAAAGCACUAAAUAGUCACAGCUGUUAAUACUCAAGAAAUAUUAUAUCCAAAUAUAAUAUCCAAUAAAUCAUUAAGAGAUUGAGAAGUCUGGGAAAAUCUAAAGCUCAUCACCUGAUGCUGGAAAGACCACACAGGAAAGAUGGCCGGGGGUCUAAUGAUGAAAAUGCCGUUCUCUAUUUGGUGCAAGGUACCUUUAGAAGGGCCUCAGAGGUUACAGGUAUGUAUAGGUGGGGCUCAACAACAUUAUAAAUAUCAGAAGCAACUAAUUACAUAAAGAUUUCUACAUGAGCAAAUUGUGAUGGUUUUUACAGUCUGGGAAACAACUGCUUUAAAAAACACAACUAACAUAACCUUUGUGUGUAGCUUCUAGCAUCUACCAGGCGGGACCAAGACAAUAUGCAAGCUGAACUAAAUCGGCUUCAAGCUGAAAACGAUGCCUCUAAGGAGGAGGUAAAAGAAGUUCUCCAAGCCCUUGAGGAGCUGGCUGUCAACUAUGAUCAGAAGUCUCAGGAAGUGGAAGACAAGGCAAAAGAAUAUGAGAUGCUUAGUGAGGAGCUGAAUCAGAAAUCGGUAAGAAACCACCUUUUUUUGGUUGCCAGUCCAAAUGGUUUUACAACUAUUAAUGAACCGAAACUCUUUUCUCAUUGGGUUUUAAAAAAGAUAAUUACAUGCCAUAUGCUCAAUGUUCAAGUUACAAUAAAGGAUAUUCUGACUAAACAUCAGGAAGAACUUUCUGACAGUAAAAGCUGCUACACAAUGGCUCCCAUGACAGGUAGUGGACUCUCCUGCCUUUUUAAACAAAGGUUUGGAUGCCCAUCUGCCAUGGAUGAUCUAGUUGAGGUUCCUGCAUUACAGGGGGUUAGACUAUAUGACCUUUUGGAUUCCUUCCAACUGUACAAUUGUAGGAUUCUAUAUUCAUACAGCAUUAUAUUCUGAAAAGAUUUUAACACAAUUUGAUUAAAAAAUUGAAGGUUAGCAACUGUAAACAAACAUGUACAUUUCAAGGUUUGUCAUCCUGUCUUGAGAUCCCCAUGUGGUUGGCUCAAUGUAAUCAUGUGUAACACAGUGGACUUGCUCUGUCUUGUCUGAUUUCCGUUCCCUAGCUGUGCAACACACCAUAGUAUCUGCAUCUACCUAGGGCAGCAUCAGGAGUAAGUUAGACUCCAACUUCUAUCAGCCCCAGCCAGCAUGGCCAGUGGUCAAGGAUGUUGGAAGUUGUAGUCCAGCAACAUUCAGAUGACCACAGAUUCCCAUUUCUGUCCUAGAAGGUUAUUGACAUUACUAUUAUUUAUAACACUACACUUUGGAAAGCAUGUAUUUGUAGAAAAGGCCACUCCUUUUGGUUAAGGAUAUGCAUUCCCCCACCUCAGCUUCUACUGAUGUUCUUGAGAUUGACAGAUAUCUUGGCUGUCGCUGGUUAUUUAAAUUGUUUUCUGGGUAAGUAUACACAUACUCAUAUUAUUACUGGCAUAUGUUCUUUAUUUGAUCCACACUUCUCUCAUUCUAGGUAACUUUAGCUAGUAUAGAUACAGAACUUCAGAAACUUAAAGAAAUGACCAAUCACCAGAAAAAACGAGCAACAGAAAUGAUGGCAUCUCUUCUAAAAGAUCUUGCAGAAAUAGGAAUUGCUGUGGGAAAUAAUGAUGUGAAGGUAAGUUGAGCUAUAUUAUAUUCUCCUGAGAUUUUUUUUUUAAAAUGUUAUAUAGGUAAAUUAAGCAUGUGCUUCCUUGUCCUUGUAUCUUCUGUACCAUUCAAGCAUUUAAAACAACCAUGACAGUGUGUGUGCGCACGUGAGUGAGUGUUUGUUGUGGUAUCUGGUGCUUACAAUUACAGUAUAAAGAAUGGCUGUCAUGGGCUCCUCUUCCCUAAAAUGGUAGUAACCUUGAUUAAUUUGCAAGCAAAUAUUUGAAGCAGGGUAUUUGGAAAAGAUUGGGUGGGUGGGUUGCUUGCUUGCUUGCUUGCUUAGUUGUGGCAGCAGCCGUUUCUUUGAACCAGACUCCUCACAGGAACAGAUUCCUGGAAGCAUAUAACUCGACUGCUGAGGGAGCUGCACUGGUUGCUGACUCUGCUUCAGGGUUCAUGAACCCUUAAAUAAUUUGGCCCAAAGUACAUUGAGGGUCAUUAAAAACCUGAUUGGGCACUUCUGGUGAUUCUCCACACCCCAUAGAGACUAAGCAUUUAGUGUGUGGCAGGCCCUGCCCUGUGGAGCUCACUGCCUAGUUUGGCAAGAACUGCUCCUGCCUUUUCUGUUUAUAUAGACCUUCACAAUAUGCAAAAAUAGUGCACAUUUGUUGUGACGGGAGGUGUCAUUUUGUCACAAUCCUAGUUUAAAGCUGAUCUUUAUACAGGUAAGUCAUCUGGCAUGCACAUAGAUCUAUUUGCUAAAUAAUAUAUUGAACUGUGAAUGUGUCACAUGAUUUUCUACUAUUAAAAAUGUUUUGAACUAAAAACUUGUUCCUCCUCAGCAACCAGAAGGAACUGGCAUGAUAGAUGAGGAAUUCACAGUUGCAAGGCUCUACAUCAGUAAAAUGAAAUCCGAAGUGAAAACUAUGGUAAAACGGUGUAAGCAGUUAGAAAGUACACAGACAGAGAGCAAUAAGAAAAUGGAAGAAAAUGAAAAAGAGCUAGCGGCCUGUCAGCUCCGUAUCUCACAGGUAAAUGAAAUGGUUUGGCUCUGCCAGUUAAUGUCAUUUUUGCUUCUUGAUUCCAUUCUUAGCUAUGUGUUUUAUAAGUAAGUAAAAGUGCACUUCUUAAUUUAUAAUCAUCACAAGUGGAACCCACAACAAAAUGUACUGUUGUGAAGUGCUGUUGUUCAAAAGUCCAGCUGCUCCAUUCCAUUCCCCCUUCCCUGUUCCCCUCCAGCAGUCAGUCCUCAUGGAGCUAUUUUUGAGGUUUUCCUAAACAUUUUCUUGUACUUCUGCAAGCCCCAAAUCUCCUGAUACCUCCUUCUUGUGUGUGAGUUAUCCCAUUUUAGUUGCCGAAACAAUGACUGUCACAGCCUGAACACUGGAAAUAAUAGGAAUUGUUUUUUGCUUGACCAAUAAGCAUUAGAGUGAACUGGUUAAUAUAAGCAGUUCACUUUGCUUUCAUAUAUUUUCCACAUUGUGCAUGACUAAUUUGGGCUACAACAUUUCAGCAGCUUUUCAGGAUGAGUUUUGAAAUGCACAUCUAGUAACUGGAUGCUUUUAGGUACAGUCAUACCUUGGGUUGAAGUAGCUUCAAGUUAAGUAUUUUCGGGUUGUGCUCCGCGGCGACCUGGAAGUAACGGAGCCGCGUGUGCAGACACUCAAAAUGACGUCACACUCAUGCGCGGAAGCGUCUUAUGUUUACUUCAGGAUGCGAACAGGGCUCCGGAACGGAUCCCGUUCGUAGCCAGAGGUACCACUGUACUAGUUUUCCAAAGGUUUGCUGAUAUAGUGGGUCUCAUGCUUAGUAUACAAAGGCAAGAGCUAUAUCAGAUGCAAACUACUUUCAAUACCACUUGGCAACUUCAAAAGGCAGCUAGAAGUCAAAUGUGUCAGUAACUGGCUUUCAUAUUUUGGGCAAUGUAUAGGAUUUUGCUACCAUGUCAGCCCACAUCAUGUAAAGAACAUUUACUCUUGAAGUUUUUUAAUAUUGAAGCAAGCUAGUUGUACCUUAAAUGUUAGUGGAGAAAGAGAAAUUGAUCAAACUUCAUUAUUUUGGAGAAUUAAAUGACUGCAGCUUGUGAUAUGCAGUUCCAUAUAUAGUACUUCAGUAUAUGCUUCUACAGAUAUAUAUCCUAGUCUUGCAAUGUAACUGAAGUUCACAAGCUGUUUAAGUUUAUUUUCACAUGUAGCUUCUAUAAUUUCAAUUCUUGUUUUCACCCUGAAAGCAUGAAGCCAAGAUUAAGUCACUUACAGAGUACCUUCAGAAUGUGGAACAGAAGAAAAGACAGCUUGAAGAGUCUGUGGAUUCGCUUAAUGAUGAGCUAGUCGAACUUCGAGCACAAGGUAUUAAUUGCUUUACUAUAUGCUUAAUGUUUAAGGAGCAUGAACUGUGAACUGGUCUUCAGCAAGCUGUUUGUCUCACACCUCUGUAAUAUGAGGAAGAUACUAAGAAAUAUGCUGUGUAUGUAAGGAUUAAAUGUACCUGUGAAGUGUUUUGAUCACUUACAAAAAGAGUUCUGUAAAAACGUUACAUUGCUAAGUUAUGCUUGAGAGCUUCCUAGAGGCAUCAACUUGGCCAUAAUUGGAAUUGGGAUACCUGACAAGAUAGGUCACUGGUCUGAUCCUGUACAGUUGUUAUGUUCUUCUGUAAGGUGCAUAAUAUUUUAGGUGUGGCAUGCUAUGAUCUUUCAACAGUCUGAGGUAGUGAAUCCAGUAAAUUUGUCUGUGUCCUCUAACUAAAUGCUCUUUUCUUCACUAGAAAAAGUUCAUGAAAUGGAGAAGGAGCAUCUAAACAAGGUUCAAACAGCAAAUGAAGUCAAGGCAAGUAAACUUCAGAUAUGUUUUAACCAAUAAUUCAAAAUUAGUUUCUUCAAAAAUGCAAUCACUUAUGAUGAUGUAACAUCAGAAUAUUUGGUUCUUUAGCAAGCUGUUGAGCAGCAGAUUCAAAGUCACCGUGAGACUCAUCAGAAGCAGAUUAGCAGUCUCAGAGAUGAGGUUGAGGCGAAGGAGAAACUAAUUACUGAACUGCAAGAGUAAGUUUUGCAACUACUGCACGUGUCUUUGUGGGAGGGCAGAGAACAGCUUUUUCAAAAAAAAAAAAAACUUCUAACGGUGCAGUUCUUACUAUGUGUAUUCAGAAGUAAAUUGAAUUCAGAUGGACUUUCUCUCAAAUAAAUGGGGUUAAGAUUGCAGCCUAAGUCUUAUAAAUGUGUUAUUCACUUUCAUUUAUUUACAUAAAAAUCCAGCCUUUGUUCAGGCAUGCAGUGUACCUCAACAAGAAUAGAAAUAUCCUUAUUUUAUGUAACUGUAAGCUUUGGUUCAUGGCUCAUUUUGCACCUUUCUUUCCUAAUGAGAUGGGAGCUUAAUGUUAGUGCCAAAAAUGUAAAAUUCAUUCCAGUAUUGACAUAGUGUUUUUAGAAAGGCUUUAUUUUGAGGGUUUCUAAAUUUGGCUAUCAGUUCUAGAAUUGUUUGUCAAUUCUAAUGGUACACUGUGGGUUCCAACAGAAUUUUUAAUCUGAUCCCAUCCCAGUCUAAUGUGCAUGUUUUGGCAACUAAUAAUAUGUCAAAAGAUUGAAGUGCUGGUUUUGUGGAAAUCUCUCACAUCAUAAUUACAUUUUUUUUAUUCUGUGUUAGUCAAAAUCAGAAGAUGAUGCUUGAGCAGGAACGACUCAGAAUUGAACAUGAUAAACUGAAAGCUACCGAUCAAGAUAAAAGCAGGAAACUGCAUGAACUAACGUAAGUAAGAACAAUAAUGUGGACAAUAUGGUUGGUCAAAUCAAACUUUGAUGUGUGGACACAGUGUAUUCAUGCUGACAUACUGUUUUGAGCAGAAAGGUUCCAUAAUUUACCUAUGAAUGAACAUUAGCAACAUUAAUUUAGUUGUUCAAAAUGCGUGUACAGGUUUUGUUUUAAAGUGCAUUCUAGCAAACCAGAAUAAUGCAAUAUCUGUCUUUCAAAAUCCCAUUAGUCUUAGUAUAUAGACAGUUUAUAGUAUACAUUUGCAACAUUCUGUAUUUAGAAGUUCCUUUUCAUAGUUUCCCCCGUCCUGUGUAAAGAUAGAUGUAAUAUUGUUCUUGAUGAGCUCAGCAUUUUAAUAAAUUAUAUAUAAAGAGUUGGAGGAAGGAAGUGAAAGAGGCACAUCUAAUAUUUACUCUCCACUUCCAUGUUUAUAAAGUGACCAGGAAGGUUAAUUCCAUUUCAGCCGCUUUCACAUGCUUUGCUCAGCAUUUGAAGUUCCACACAUCGUUCUUUCUCAUUCUCCCAAAACUAAAAUAAAAGUUCAUUUCCCCAAUAACCCUUCAUCCUCCUGAGCCAACAGGUUAGUUGGCUUUUAAAAAUGUACUCUUUGUUUGAAGCAUAAUUGGUCAGUUUUGAAUCACAUUACAGAUAAUUUUCAUCUUACAUGUAUAUCUUACUUACACAAUCACAACUUUGCAAAGUUUGGGGGUGAAAUAAAUAAAUAAUUGGAGAGCUGAGGGAACACACUCUCCAUUUAUUUAUUUAUUUAUUUAUUUAUUUAUUCUCUCUCUCUCUCUCUCUCACACACACACACACUUGCGCAAAGCUGUGAUUGUAGGUUUAUCUGGCUCUUGGAAGGUGGCACAAGGGCUAGAUCCCUCCCACCGCUUUCCAAAGAUGUGCAAGCACUUCCUAGGCUUUGAGAAGGAGGCGAUGUCUCUGGCAAGGCCCUUGUGCCUCUUUCCUGAAGCCAAGCAAGCAGCCCUCCAUCGGGGGGGGGUGUGAUUCAAGGGGUUCUGGGCUUUACAUGAUUUUGCAUAUACUCGUGUACCCCCAGAACUGAACCCUCACGUAAGAUACAAGUUGCCUGUUUCAUUGUGCAUUGUCAGCACCACAUGUUAAAAUACAGUGGGUAUACUCUGUUCCUCUUUUGGUUGUGGCCUCCAAAUUAUUGAGACUUACUUCAUCCUAGCACUUCUGGGCUUCAGAAUGUGGGCAGAGAUUGUUUGUCCAAUGAAAGUUUUAUUUUAUAGUUCUGUUUUUAAAAGUGGAAGCAGCUGUCUAUGUGUGAUGUUUCAUCCUUCAUAGAUGAUUUGAACUAUUCUACUUUGGGCUAGAUACUGGAAGAAUCGUAGGUAAUACAUUUUUGUUCACUUUAGGGUUAUGCAAGAUAGGCGAGAACAAGCAAGACAAGACUUGAAAGGCUUAGAAGAGACUGUGGUAAGCUAAAUAUUCAGAAAGUAUCUUUCAGAUUCUUGAAUUUAUCACCUAAAAAUGCUACAGUUUGCCAUCUUUAUGUUCCUAGGCAAAAGAACUUCAGACCCUGCACAAUCUUAGGAAACUCUUCGUUCAAGAUUUGGCUACCAGAGUUAAGAAGGUAAUGCCCAGUUCUUCUUCAUUUUAGAAACUAUUGCUAUUUUUUGUACUAAUUCCAUGGGGAUCAAAACUCAGAUUGCCUAUCUUAUUGCCAUAGAGUGCAGAGAUUGACUCAGAUGACACAGGGGGCAGUGCUGCCCAGAAACAGAAGAUUUCUUUUCUUGAGAAUAAUCUUGAACAGCUCACAAAAGUCCACAAACAGGUAAACCGAAAUAUAUUUUUAUAUCUGAUCUAUUUCCAUGGCUUUAUAAAAGCUUAUCCAUGCUGUACAUACUGAAGUUCUUUGGCUCACACGUUUUAUCUCUUAAAGUUGCCACAAGUUGCCCUAUUUAAGUAAACGUGCUACUGAGUAAAAAUCAAGAACUCUUUGGCCAAAUUUAACAACUUUGAUUGCCAUGCUUUCUUUCAUAUGACUUGCCAACAUCCUACUACAUCUAGUCAUGCAGUAGAAAAGAAAAGAAGGCUAAAAGAGGUAAAGGUAAAGGACCCCCGACCAUUAGGUCCAGUCGUGAAUGACUCUGGGGUUUCGGCACUCAUGUCGCUUUACUGGCCGAGGCAGCCGACAUUUGUCUGCAGACAGUUUUUCCGGGUUAUGUGGGCAGCAUAACUAAGCCGCUUCUGGCAAAACCAGAGCAGCUCACUGAAAUGCUGUUUACGUUCCCGUCAGAGCAGUACCUAUUUAUCUACUUGCACUUUGACAUGCUUUUGAACUGCUAGGUUGGCUGGAGCUGGGACUGAGUAAUGGGAGCUCACCCCAUCACGGGGAUUCGAACCACCGACCUUCCGAUCGGCAUGCCCUAGGCUCAGUGGUUUAGACCACAGCACCACUCGCGUGCCUAGAGAAUCCCAAAGAAACAUUGCAGCAAUUAGUUGCACCCAUGUCUCUCAAUGAGGCUAUUAUUACCAUGGAAAAUUUAGGUAUUGUUAGCUCUGAGGAAAGAUUUUUUUUUAUUCUGGAUGCUUUACCUUGAAUUCUUUGUUAGUUAAAGUGCUGUUCAAAGUAACUAUGGAGUGAAAGGAUUUGCAAAGGCUUUAAUUCCCAUAGUCCAGAUUUAACAUAGCUCUAUAUGAAACAUAUAUUUCUACCCACAGCUGGUACGUGAUAAUGCAGAUCUUCGCUGUGAGCUUCCGAAACUGGAGAAACGACUUAGAGCUACAGCUGAGCGAGUUAAAGCUUUGGAGUCAGCACUAAAGGAAGCCAAAGAGAAUGCAUCUCGUGAUCGCAAGCGUUACCAACAGGAAGUAGAUCGUAUUAAGGAAGCUGUGAGGUCAAAGAACAUGAUCAGAAAGGCACAUUCUGCGCAGAUUGGUUAGUAGAUAAAAUGGGAGCAUUAACAGUGCUAGUAUGACAUGAAUUCAAUUAUUGAUCCCUUGUUCUUAGGUCACUUAGUGCUACACCUGAAUCUUAGAAUGGUGGUAGAUCACUUGCAUAUCCAUAAAUUCUAUUGAUUUGUCCAUUGACCAGAUUAUCUGAAGUUGUUAUUUGUAUAGUCUGGAAAUUAGGACAUUAGUUGCUUGAAGUAGUACAAUUUGGGAUUUAGAUACUUCUGGAGUGCAAGCACAUGUUAUAGUGAAACUUUCACAAGCUUAAUAUGUGCGGGUUGUUGAUCCUGUUAGUAUUGCAUAGUAUAAUAAGUUUUGUUAUAGCUAUGUAUAUGCAUAUUCCACCUUUCAGAACAGAAAUAUUUCUACAGGUAAAAUCAAAAUACUUUAAUCAAAUCACUAUGGAGCGGUAUCAAAAAAUAACAAAUCAGGAUGCUUACUACAGGACAUAAAAUUUGUAACUUGUAUUCUUGCACAGUUAUGGAAUGGGUAUGAUAGUUUCAGAAUUUCAUCACAGUUGGGUGUUUGUUAUAGGAGCAAGAAAUAUUUAUAGAUCUAGGGUGGAAUUCAACAUUAUUAUAAGCGUUCUAUCCAUGCGGGCCUGCAGCUUGCCAGCCAGGUUAAUUCCUCCCCUCCUCCCCCAGUGCACUGUUUUGAAGGUUCUUCUGACCCCUCUGAGCCAAUUGCAGGGGCACACAGUGGGAGGAGAGGGAUGGGAAAGUCCCAUUGAGCAAGCAGAUAACCUUGCACAGGGCUUCUGCUGAAAGGGCACGUUAGGUGAUUCCUGCCCCGAUAACCCAUUUUUUAAAGAAAACUUGCUUAGAAGGCAGCAUAGUAAAUAUUAGUAACAAUAAGAGUUGCAAAAUCUUUGGCUCCUUAAAAGAGUUAACGCAUUCAUUGGCAAAAACUUACACUGAUUUGAGUCUGCUUGGUCAGAUGUAUGAAAUAACCACGAUGCACAAAAGUUUGUACCAUAAUAACUUUUUUUUGGUCAUUAAGUUACUACAAGACUAAGUUUGCAGCAAAAACAACAAACAUGCAUAUUCCUUUGGAAAUAAAAUAACAAUGAAGUAUCAAUAAACCAGCACAGCUGAAUUGUUUAAAAACUUGACUUGGCUUUACCUUUAACAUUUGCAUUUGUUUCAUGCAGCUAAACCUAUUCGCCCUGGUCAGCAUCCAGCAGCUUCUCCGACUCAUCCAAGUGCAAUUCGUGGGGGAGGUGCUUUUACUCAAAACAGCCAGCCAGUGGCCCUACGUGGAGGCGGAGCACGGCAGGAGAAGGCAUGAAUUUACAUUAUCAAGGUUAGCAGUUAACUUGUCUAUUCCAUUUAAUAUCCUGUCUUCAGUUUAAAAUGUUUGGCAUUUUCAAGGAAAAUAGGGAAUACAGUAUUGGAUAAGAGUCCAGGUCCAUAUGAGUAUUUGUGAUUAGGGGCAACUUCAGUUGAACAAGUACGCUGUGUGAAACUACCGUAUUUUUUGCUCCAUAAAACACACUUUUUUCCUCCUAAAAAGUAAGGGGAAAUGUCUGUGUGUUUUAUGGAGCCAAUUUGUGGUCCCUGCAGCCGAAUUGCCCAGAGGCGAAAAGCAGAUUGUGCUUUUUCUUCUUUUUUGUUUUAGAAAGAGGGAAGGGGAUGUUGAAGCAAAGCAGCUGAGCAGCUAGUGAUAGGGAGGGAGAUAAGGCUGUGGGAAAAGGAGGCUGCCGGGGGGGGGUAAAGACAGCAAACUUGCAAGGAGAGUAGACAGGAAUGUUAAAACAAGCAAUGAGAAGAGAAAUUAGAAGAAAAGGAGGAGAAAAGAAGAAAAGGAGGAGCAAAAAACUGCUCUAAAAACUCUAAAAUACUCUAAAAGUAUUCCUCUCUUAUCCUCCUCUAAAAACUAGGUGUGUCUUAUGGUCAGGUGCGUCUUAUGGAACAAAAAAUACGGUGAUUAGUUCAGAACCAAGUAGAUUCCAGAAUAGCUUACCAUCUUCCACACAUUGUCCCGCCCCACCCCCACCCCCAGCUGAGUUUGCCGUACCACAACUAAAUAGUGUUUGCAGUUGCCUGUCUGACCAGGAUGGCUUUUGGUAAGUUAUAAGGAACGUUGAGGAUAAGAGAGGAAUACUUUUAAUUCAGUAUUACUGGGGUAAAUCCAGUUCAGCUGCCUCCAAAUUAAAGUACAUAAACUGAGGAACAGGCUAAAGAAAGACCAGAAUUCAUGGGUUUUAAGGAAGACAGAGUUGAGAUUGGAAGAUUAAUUGCAAAGAAACCAGGGGAGUAAGAUGUAAAGGUAGUGAUAAAUAGAGUAAGGCGUUAAUUAAAAAUGAUUGCUAAACAAGUUAGCAUUUAGAAAAACAUUGAUACCUUAAUUCUGUAUUAGGUCUGGUAAAGCAUCUUCUACUGAAAUUGUGGCACAAACUUAAAUGGUGACUAGUUUUCAGUGAGUAAAUGUAGAUGAAAAUAAUUGUGUAAAUCUCACAAUUUUUAGAGUAAAAUAAAAUUGUGAACAUUUUGUUCACUUAUUUUUCUAUGUAUGCAUAAGUUUCUUUGGCUUUUUCUAGAUGCUGAAAGCUACACAGCAUGAAGAGGAUUGGAUAUUGCGCAAUGAGAGUCAUUCCGUGACAGUGACGUCUAUCUGUCUCUCCCUGGGGAUUGUAGGAUUAUUUUUUUGAAAAUUGUAUAAACUUAUACUGGUCUGUACAGCUCUCCUCAUUCUACAAAUUUGGCUAAUUGACUCCAAACAAAACUAGGAAAAACUUUCUUCUUGGGAAAUUGACGUGUAACUUAAAACGUAGCUCUUUUCAUUACCUGAUCUGUCUUUCACGUCUUAAAUUUAGUCUGCACUGUGCCAAGUUGAAUGUAUGUUAAGCAACAUCUUAGUUAAAAUUUCCUAGCUUAAUUUAUGUAUAUUUAAUGGUCUUAGGGAUUGUGGAACAAUGUUGAAGUAAAGUUUUAAUUUUACCACUUUUAAUAACACUACUUGACCCACUCUUGAAUUAGAGCAGCACUGUACAUUAAGUUUGCCUGGAUGGCUGUAUAGAGCAUAAGACUAAAAUUAUGUGUACAGUUUGCAAUUACUGAGGUGUGCUUAUGACGACUGCCCUUAGGCACUGAAGUCUCUCAAAAAAACGUGGAUUGAAAAUUUUCCUUUUUUGACGAGGCUGCUUAACUGUUUGAUUAAAUCUGUUAUCAGGUUAAUGAGUUAAUACUGUAUAACAAGUAGUAAAUGUAAGUUUACAUGGAAAGACUUUGGCAAUGACUUUUCAUCUGUCCUGUUCCUGAUUAUACCCAGAAUAGUGUGAUGAGGUGAAAACAUUCUGCUUCAUCUUGAUAAGCCUGUUAAUUGGUCACCAUAACUGGAUAAAUUUGGUUAACUUUUCCAGUGAGAAAUCGGGGCACUGUAGAACCCCUUGUAUUAUCAGUGCAUCAUAUUUCAUUCAAACCACAAAUUUGACUUUAAGAGAAUGAAUUGAUUGAAUAAGUGGAACCAAGUGAAUAAAGGGGGGAAAGAAAGUGCAUAAAAUGGCCAGAAAUGUAGGAUGGAUAUGGAAAUUGUGCUACACUGAAACUGUACUGUAACUUAUUUGUAAAUCUAGAGUUCUGUAAAUGUGUUUUUCUCUAACAAUCCUGUUGGACAUCAUUAUCAUCAUCAUUAUUUUUGCAAAGUUUUGAGACCAAGUUUAAAGUUUUGCCCCGCAAAAAGCACUUGAAACGACAUGCCACAAAAUUCAAAGAACACCUUUGACAGGGAAGUUACUGUUCGAUAUUGCCCAAAGGCUUUGAAAGGUUUUCUCAUUACAGUCACUUGACUGGUAGGAAGUGAAAGAAAAUGCUUUCCAAAAGUUGAGAGAUUUUGAAUAACUGCUUUUCCAGAGUAAGUUGAUGCCAGUUUUAUAUUAUACUGAAGUACAUUCACAGGCACUUGCCGGGGGGUGGGGGUAGGUUUUCUGUAGAACUUUAUGACUAUCUUUUGUACAAAUUGAAAUAUUUGUAUUAAGACGGAGCCUAGUAAUAGAAAAAAUUGACUGACAACCCCCCCCCCAUACCUUAAGUUCUGAUUAGUGUCUUUUUUAAUACAUUUAUUUUAGAGACGGGGGUUUUCUUUUUCUUUUUUUAAUCAGCCAGACCCUUGUUAGUUUGGAAUUGUCAUAAGAUAAACCUCUUUCUUUUGUGCUUGAAUUAAACACUCCAAACUGAAAAGAUGAAAUAAGAGGGGACUUGUAUAAAGGGAAAAUGGUGGAGAAGGAAUCUCUGUUAAGUGCUUGAAGUUGUGUUUUCAGUUGCAUUGGCCUAUGUCAGUUUCUCAACUAUAGCCGUACAAUUUCAGUCUGGAUUCAGUUUACACAGUUCAAUCUGGUUUCCUGGCAGUUACUCAAAUGAAGCAGGAUAUUUUCUCAUGGCUGUUUACGUUAGUUUCAUUCCUGUAAGUAAUGUAUCACGGGUUUUGGUGCUGACAUGGCUGUGUAAUUAAACAGUUAAAUAAACUGUAACUAGCAUGUAGCUCAACAUGUACAUCCUUUUCAUACCUAAGCUUUUUUAUUUUAACCUUUUAUGAAGUUUACCAAGAACUGCAACUUAAACUUUCAAAAGGACUCCUAUGUUCUUUGGCUCUCCUAUGGUAGGUUGCAUGGACAGGACAAUUUUUUGGUUUUGUAAAUUUAGAAUCUUCAAUCUGCAAUAGAAUUUUAAAUGCGUUACUGUUCCAAUUUACAGUUCUUGAAUUUUUAUUCCUCCAGGCUAUUUUUUAAAAAAUGGCUUAGGACAGGAAUUGAAUGACAUGAAAGAAGACUAUUUAUUCAUGGAGAUAAACUAAAUUAUUUGCAUAACAUUACUGAUUAACUACUUUAAAUUAGACCUGAAAUGACAAGAGUCUGCCUGUGGCAAGGAUCUGCCACUGAAUAAACAGUUAUGUAUUCUCAAUGCAUGAGAAUGCAUUUAAGAAUAACUGGUUUGGAGAAGAUGCCAUAUAGUUUUAACUACCUGCAUGCUGUAAAUGUUUUUGUGUUUAAAUAAAGAAAAUCUUUGAAUUUUAGUGAACUUCAUUGAGACCUAUAUAACCU